UAUUUAGAUCAAAGAAUUACCUCCCAUCUCAUCUAUAGAAUAAAAAUUCCUAAACUUAUUAUUUGUCCCAUAUAAACCCAUUAAUAUAUAUACCAACGAGAUGACAACCCCCGCUUCAUCAACUGCAGGCACCACCUUUGCCGAUGCUACCAAGGUGCAACAAUUGACUUCCCACACUUACUCUGCGAACUUUCCUGAUGUAAGAUUCUUGAAUACAUGAUUAUGGCUGAAUCAAUGCUACCUCCAACAUACAAAAUAUCCAUUUACCAGAAGAAUCAUACUGACAUCAACACAGGACUGGUGCAUAGGCACAGGUAAAUAGACAAUCACCUUACCGCCUACCAAACUAUCCAUCCGUUGUCUAAUCAAACUAUGUAGUUCCUCAUGGAGGUUUCAUAACCGGAGUCUUCCUCCAAGUCUCUACGCUCCAUUUUAGAACCACUCUCUCCGCCCAAAAUCAACCUAAUCCCAUAAUUCUCCAUCUCGAGUUCCUGCGUCGGACUCAAGUUGGUCCCGCCAUCUUCACCGGUAAGCAUAUCCCGUGACUUCUACGUUUCAAUAUGAUCAUGUAGUUGUCUCUAUUUAUGUUCAAGACUGGCUUCUAUGUACUAACUUUCAUUCUAGUCCAAGAUACCAAAAUCGGGAGACAAACAUCUAUUCUUCACAUAACCCUAUCACAAGGCGACCGCGUAGAAGUAGUCGGUUAUAUAACUCACUCCAAUACCACCACUGAAGAAGGCGCUUCUUCCCCUCAUACUCAUGUUCUUAAGCCUGCCCCUCUUCCAGUGUCUCUUCCCCGUAAGUAUAGGCGAUUUUGCCAUCACAACCCCACAACAGAGCGAUCAUCAAUUUUCGCUUACCAAGUCCGACUCCUCCCUCUAUCAACACCUACCAACUCCAUCCCCUUUCCCUAUCAACACCUACCUACUCUAUACCUCCCCCCCAAGUAAACACAUACUAACGCCGAAUCUACAGUCCUAAAAACCAACACCGACCCCAACUACCACCUCCGAGAAUUAGCUUUCUCCAACUUCCGUAAAGCCACCAAAAAAGGUUAUAUGUACCUCCCCCGCACUGAACCAUCUCCCAACAUCUCAGACGAAUGGAUCCGAUUAUCCACUGGCGAAUACGUAAGCACCAGUUCUCCAUCAGAUGCAGACUUGCCCUUCCCGUCCCCGUUCCUCCCAUUCCUCCUCUACUCUCCCUCCACAAUCCUAACUAACCAACAACCACCCCCAACAGUGGACCAACGAAAGCCUCGCCUUCGCCUGCGACAUGUUCGCAAUCCCCACCGAAAUCCCCAAUUCACUCAACACUUCCACACCCACCCGCACAUCCCCCUCACCCUACCCAUCCCCAUCCUCCUCCACCCCAGCCCCAGCCCCAGCCCCAGUAGCAAAAUACUGGUUCCCAACCCUCGUCCUCAACAUCGAUUUCAAAAAAUCGCUUCCACAAGAAGGCAUCGAAUGGCUCUUCAUCCGCGUCGAGCGCAAACAGAUCAAGAACGGACGUAUGGAUAUCGAGUUAACGGCUUGGGAUGAGACGGGGGAAUUGGUCGCCAUUAGUAAUCAUGUUGCGUUGGUUGUGGGGUUGGAGAGAAAUACGGCGGAGAGGGGCUCGAGUAAGAUUUGAGAUGUGAGAUUUGAGAAGUGAGAAGUUAGAUUUUAGAUGUUAGUGAAGGUGACUGAGAUGGGACUUGUGGGAUCGGAAUUUCUGGGAUAGGAGAUAGAUUGGAGAUUGAGACGAAACAAUGUAAAUUUGCAUAUAGAAUCGCCGACCAAACAUAGGAAACUGAAAUAAAGAAUUCAGAUCACAUC